ACUUUGACUGAAAAGUGUGAGAGGAGAGAAGGUGGAAGAAUCAUCCGAGAAGAAAAACAGAGCUUUGCAGCUUUCGGCGCUCUUUCUUUUUCUUUCUAUUUUUUCCCUUUUUGUUUCCAGAUUUGGCAAACACUUCGAUAACCAUUUCGCUUCCUCAUAACUUUUCAUACAUUUAUAUACAAUUCCCACAACAUUCAUUGGUUUCAAAUUCCAAUUUUCUGCUCUGUUUGUAUUAAAUUUUUUAAUUUAAAUACACACCCAAAAAACACCAUUUAUUGCCCACGUUUAGCACAAUAGCACUUAUACAAAAAGCAAUUUCGAUUCAGCUCAAUCUGCUUCUGCUGCUGCUGCUUCAGUGCAAAACUCCACAGCCCAGAAACGAAAGGUGGUUUCUUUUUCAUCGGGUUUGUGAUUAGGUCCAUUUGAUAUAAGUUUUUCGGAAGGGAGUUGAAGGUACAUGGUACACGUCGUGCACUGUUUAUGCUGUCUAUUUUGAUCGAAAAUAUGGGCAUACUCUGCAGUAGAAGCAAACACUACAACGAAGCGGGCAGCGAAGAGAAUGCUCAGACUGCAGAAAUUGAAAGACGAAUUGAACAAGAAACGAAGGCCGAAAAGCAUAUUCAGAAACUUCUCCUACUUGGAGCUGGGGAAUCCGGGAAGUCCACAAUUUUUAAGCAGAUAAAGCUUUUGUUUCAAACUGGAUUUGAUGAGUCCGAGCUCAAGAGCUACAUCUCAGUCAUCCACGCCAAUGUAUAUCAGACCAUAAAAGUACUGUAUGAUGGGUCAAAGGAGCUUGCUCAGAACGACAGAGAAACGUUUGAAAUAUCCAGAGAACAUAAGGAAAUUGGAGAGAAACUAUCAACAAUUGGCAGCAGAUUGGAUUAUCCACGUCUCACUAAAGAGCUUGCACAGGAUAUAGAGACUCUUUGGAAAGAAGCGGCAAUUCAGGAAACAUGUGCUCGUGGUAAUGAACUCCAAGUUCCUGAUUGUGCCCACUAUUUCAUGGAGAAUCUUCAAAGAUUAGCUGACCCAGAUUAUGUUCCAACCAAGGAGGAUGUUCUUCAUGCUAGAGUUCGUACAACUGGUGUUGUAGAGAUCCAGUUCAGCCCUGUUGGAGAAAAUAAGAAAAGCGGUGAAGUAUAUCGACUCUUUGAUGUUGGAGGCCAGAGAAAUGAGAGAAGGAAAUGGAUCCAUCUAUUUGAAGGCGUUACAGCUGUAAUAUUUUGUGCCGCAGUUAGCGAGUAUGAUCAAACACUCUUCGAGGAUGAAAGCAAAAAUCGAAUGAUGGAGACAAAGGAACUUUUUGAGUGGGUCCUGAAGCAACCGUGCUUUGAGAAAACGUCGUUCAUGCUAUUCUUAAACAAGUUCGAUAUAUUCGAGAAGAAAGUUCUAAACGUACAACUUAACGUCUGCGAGUGGUUCAAAGAUUACCAGCCGGUGUCAACAGGAAAGCAAGAGAUUGAACAUGCGUAUGAGUUUGUGAAGAAGAAAUUCGAGGAACUGUACUUCCAGAGCACGGCCCCUGACCGCGUAGACAGGGUGUUUAAGAUCUACAGAACCACUGCCCUUGAUCAGAAGCUUGUGAAGAAGACUUUCAAGCUCGUAGACGAGACGUUGAGACGGAGAAAUCUCUUCGAGGCCGGAUUAUUGUGACCGGGAACACCAAGUUGUAUUUUGAAGAACACAUUCUCAGCACACUCAGCAGAUUCCUUGAUUGUUAGCAUUUUAUAUUUUUAAUUAAAAUCCUGUUCCACUUAAACGAGUGUCAUGACAGAUGUAAUAACAUAUAAAAAUGAUUGUUGCAAAGGACCUAUAGGUAAGUUGGUUACAAUGGCGUAGCCAGAAAUUAUUCGGUGGGUGGGCUAAGCUGAAAUUAUUAUUACGAAAUCAAGUUUUUAAUCUUAUGUUGCCCACAUAAAGUUAUAUAAUAGUAAAAACUUGAAUGUAGUAAUUUGACGCAAGAAUUUUAUGCUAUGUUUUUUAGGUUUCUAGCUUUCAAAGCUUUCAAGUGAAUAAAAUAAGGAAUCAUUUGUGA